AUGGACAAUCCCCGAGGGAGAUCUCCCUCGAGAGGCAAUGCGCAGCACAUAAGCCCUCAGCCUUCUCCAAACCACUACGCCGGCAUUGUACCAGGAGUAGACCCCUCCGUUCAACAAGCCCUGACCACUGGCAAGUUCAAUACCUCCGCCAACGUCUUCAACAACCCCUACCUUGCUUCUCAGCAACAAGGCGGCCUCCAACCCGAUCCGAACGAGUCCGAUUUCUACAACAAUAACCAAUAUCAGAACAUCUAUUCAGACAAUCAAUUCGGAGGCCAGGGUUUGGAUCAGUCCUUCAACACCGGUGGCUUCAUAUACCAGGGUGAAGAUAUAGCCGGGGAUUACAACCAGACCUAUUCCAUGAACCAACCCUUCGACAUGAACCCUCAGAACAAUGUCAAUCCAGCAGAAUUGAGCAAGGUGUCUUCACCUCAGGAUCAUCAGUCACCGAAUCUGCAUCCUCCAGAAAACCAUUCAUCUCAACCAGGUUCGCCUGCCUCCACGAAUGGCCAGUAUUACACCCCUCAACAUUCAAGAAAUGCUUCUCUGGAUCCCUCCAGUGCCUAUUCUGGCCUGAGUUUCCAGCAGCACCGCAGAGCGCCAUCGGAGCAUAGCGAUAUUUCGUCCGCAAACCAUUCCCCUUACCUUUCUCAUACAGAAUUACACCAACCAGGAGUCGAUCUUACCCACUCGCCGUAUCUUCCCGCGCAACCGGAUACGAGCAAUGCGUUCGGGAUGGAAAGCUUUAGUUUAGGUGACCAGGCCCCGUAUCGAUCUCCAAGGCUGAUGCCAAACUUGGAAGCCAACCAACAGGGCCUUGGACCGGACGGAAGUGGCUUGCGUCUGGGUCAGCCCCUGGGAAUUCCAGUGCCUGACGUCUAUACCACACAGGGACCUCAAUAUCAGCCGCCCGUUGUGCCGAGCAACCAUAUGCGGAAUACUUCGGUCGUCUCGGACAUUGGUCAAGCUGACCAAUUCCAACCCCCAACAAUCAACAUCGAACCGGCGCCGGUUUCGAGACAACAAAGCUUUGGGCCGCAGGGAGAAGCCACUGAAGGUGCUUUGAGUCCUCCGUCAAGCAACAGGGGCCGCAACCGAAGCAAAUCCGAUGUGACAUUCACACGCCCUCUGUCGAGAUCGGGUUCGCCGGGGCUCGUCGCGACCAACUCCAACCGCAACAGCCUCUCUGUCCGAUCUAGCACUCCUGAAAGAGGUCAAUCACUGUCGCGGGAAUCAUCUCCUGGACCGGGAGUGCAGUCUGGGCGAAUUGAUAAGAAUCGCCGAGCUAGUACCUCGUCAAUGGGCCAAAACAGGGAUUAUAUCUUAGACCUCGCCGAUCCCAACAGGCCCAACGCAUCAUCGUCCGGAUCCAAUACAAGGGUCCAAAAACACCCAGCUACGUUCCAAUGCAAUCUCUGCCCGAAACGCUUCACAAGAGCGUACAAUUUACGAUCGCAUCUACGAACGCACACAGAUGAACGACCCUUUGUGUGUACGGUCUGUGGAAAAGCGUUUGCCAGGCAACAUGAUCGAAAACGCCAUGAAGGCUUACACAGCGGAGAGAAGAAAUUCGUCUGCAAGGGCGAGCUUCAUUCGACCCCAGGUCACCACUGGGGUUGUGGAAGACGGUUUGCCAGAGCGGAUGCCCUUGGUAGGCAUUUCCGCAGUGAAGCCGGGCGGAUAUGCAUCAAGCCCCUUCUUGAGGAAGAGAAAGCGGAGCGGCAGAACAGAGCGAUGAUGGAGCAGCAGCAACAGCAGCAAGCACAUUUUGCCCAGCAGGGCGGGCUGCAACCCGUUCCUCAACCAAUGAUGAUUGGCAUGGAUCCGACCACAGGUACUGGUGGGUUCGCUUUACCCGCAGCACUCCUGCAACAGUAUCCUGCAUUGCAGAACAUAGAUUGGUCGCAAAUUCCGACUGUUGACGAUCAAGGAGACCUCAGCGACGUGGGCGGCAUGGGAAGAGGAGGCUUCGAUGCAUCAAGCGGUGGAGAGUAUUAUGAUGAGGACAUAUCCGAUGGCUACGUCAGUGGGACCGGGAUGGACUUUUCGAAUCCUGGGCCGCAGCAGAUGUACAUGGGAAGCUGA